AUGGAUGGUAUUAAUGUUGCAAUUUUUGGCAUUACGUCAACGGGCAAAUCCACAAUAAUCAAUAAAUUAUUGGGCAAAGAUCUAGCGGCUGUCGGUAGUGGUGAAACAACAAAAGAUAUUAAACCUUAUGCUGGUGUUGGGUAUCGACUAUUUGAUAUACCCGGCAGAAAUGAUGAUAUCCAAUACUUUACUGCCGAUUAUAUCAGUUUUUGGAAAGGUUUGACCUAUCGUCUGGUCGCUAUCAUGCAUACAAUAAAAGAGAUGACAAAAGUUUUCAAAUUAUUAGAUGCGAUCACUCUGAACUAUGAUAUUGUCGUCAAUAAAUUCGACCAAGUACCACCUGAAGAAGCCGAUGCCUUUAAACAACAAAUUCGCCAAGAAAUAAAAGAUGCCGGAUUGCAAGGUGUUAAUCGAAUAUUUUUCGUUAGUGCGCGAAAUCCUCGACAAUUUCCGGACUGCAUGGCUGCAGCUAGUAAAAGUGCAGGAAUAAUUAUUCUCGGCAACAGUGGUGUUGGCAAAAGUUUCAUCGGCAAUGUGAUCUUAGGUGAAGAGGCAUUUAAACAUGAGUUCCGGGUAAAUGCUGUGACCACCAAAAGCGAAUAUCAAGAGUGCUCGUUUAAUGGCCAAAUAUAUGCGGUCUACAAUAUUCCUGGCCUUAUCGAAGCGGAUCAGGAACGCAUCGAUAUUAAUAAGCGCGAAAUUGGCAUUGCAUUUAAGCAGCAUCCCUAUGCCGUUAUACUGUACGCCUUUGGACAUCAAAAUGGUCGCAUACGUAAUGAAGAUGUUGUUGCAUUCAAUGCUAUUAAUGAUGCAUAUCCAUUUAGUCAAAAAUCAUUGGUCAUUAUUGUCAACGGUUUGAAUUCAAACCGUCCGCAUGAUUAUGAAGCUGAGACAAAAGAAGCUUUGAAUCGCUUACUGAAAAUGAAUCUUCCACACAUCUGCUUUGUUAGUCAUAUUGAUUCGCCGAACGAGAAGUUAGCACUUCGUCGUCAGUUAAUUCAAACAGUGGCAACAGCCAUGCCGAAAACGCAUAAAAAAGAACAUGAAAUCAAUCUACAAGCAGCCGAUUUAGCAAAAUUAACGAAACAAAUUGCAGAAUUUCAGAAGCAAAUUCAAGAAGAUCGAGAAAGACAUCGAUUAGAAAUGAUAGAAUUAGAAACAGAAUGUGAAAAAAGAGAACGACGUCAAAAAGCUGAAUACCAAAAGCUUCUCCGAAAAUAUGAAGAACACCGAAGAGAAGCUGCGAUAAAAGAACAACAACAACAAUCCGAGGGAAAAGAAAGACUCCGAAAAGACCAACAACGAACAGAAGCCUAUUUAACUACACAACAGAAAUUAAAUCAAGAAUUAAGCAAACAGAGAAUUGCAGAGGGAGUUGGGAAAACAUCACAUGAAGAAAGUCCGUAUCAUGAUUGGCGUGGACAACAUACAUGUAAACAACGCUGUCCCGAUUGCAGUUCAUUCUGUCGAGAACCUCCUGGACAUCAAGGAAAUCAUCGAACAAUCCAUCGCAACAAAGAUCUUCAUAUUUUUACAGGUACAGAUUCAACUCAACAAAUUCAAAUCUUUUCAGAUGACACCAAUAUAAGAACAGUACGAAACUAUAAAAUUGGCGAAUCCUCUAAACCUGAAAAGUGUAGUGAGUCAUGUAAACGUCGCGGUCGAUCUCAUUUUCAUUUACUUGAAUGUCCUGGUGAUUCCGAUUGUUGGGAAAAGAAACUUCCAUCCAAAGCGAAGCAUUCGGAUGAAGCGUAUUACCUUAGUGUGAAUAAUCUAAGUGACAAGAAAUAUGAUCAGAUCCUCUGUUCAACUUAUUGGUCACUGAUGCAAUGGAUCUCACCUCUCGAUGAUAAAGAUCGAAAAUUGAUUGAUAGUUGCAACACAUAUUGUUCGAAACAUGUUGAACAAGACAAUGAAGGGACCAUUGUUCCUGAAACAACCAAAGGUUUUUGUACGUUAGAGGCCUGGCACACCGGUUAUCAUAAAGUCGAAUGUGAAAGAGAACAUCCAAAAUUGGCAACUUACCAAGGUGUCGAUAUUUGCUUUGUGAUUGAUACGACAAGAUCGAUGGAACAAUAUUUUGAUAAAGUAAAAGAAACGAUAAUUCGUAUUAUCAACAAUUAUGAACAACAAUUGAAGAGAAUCAAAGCAACAAGUAGUUUUCAAUUCGCCAUUGUUGAUUAUCGAGAUCAUGCACCUGAAGGUGAUUAUAUCACGCAUAAAUGUGAUUUUAGUGGUCAUCAAAAAGCGAUAGAUUAUAUCAAACAAUUGACAAGUGGAUCAGGUGGUGAUACACCCGAAGCUGUUCUCGAUGCUCUCAACGAAGCCUGUGGAUUAACAUGGCGCGACAAAGCCGAUCAUUUAUUGUUUCAUGUUCUUGAUGCUCCACCUCAUGGACGAAAAUAUUACUCAGGCCCAAAACAGGCUGAAAAAAAUUAA